UUCCAUCCGCCUCUACGAGGACGAGGAAACUCUUAUCAUAAAUCUUGCAUCCAUUCUACAGGGAGCAUGCUGUAUCUGGCCGCUCUGCGGUGAUGUGGCUGGUCAGUUGGUGAUACGCUGUGGUGCAGUGCUGAACUCGAGAUCGGAAACUUAAAAACGUUCUUUUUUAAGAGAGGAUUCACAAGAUAUUAAAAAGAUGAGCUGGGCUAGCGCAUCGAAGAUUAGAUUUUUUAUUCUGCUCACUAUGUUGGCGGUUUGCCACGCAGACACGGAUUACAAUGUGACUUUCGAGUAUCUGCACAAAUGCAAACAGUACAACGCGGUUAGUGGCUACAACUACCGGAGCUUCUUCAAGCUGCAUGAGCUCGAUCAUCACGGGACACUGGAUGCCAAUUUGACCGUCGAUCUGCUCCUGUUCGUCAUGGGUCCACGCGACGGUCACAUACUGCUGAGCCAGGAGGAAAAACCCUCAAACGAGUCACUGGAAAUCGUUCUCGGUGGUGGUGGAAAUAGCUUUUCCACUAUCCGCCAGGGUGCGAAAGGUGGUGGUAUCAAAGCGAAGUCAUAUCCCGGACUCUUAUCACCAAUCUUUCCGCUUCCGGUGCGCAUCCGUAUCGACAGCAUGGGUUUGGUGAAAGUUUGGUGCGGCAAUCUCACCGCCGACGUGCCCUUCAUGGAGACGAUAUCGGAGAAGCUGAAGGAUAAUCCGGUCCGUUAUGUGAGCUUCUCGAGCUGGUCCACUGCGGUGUCCAAGUGGUUCUAUGACUGUCCACCGGAAGAUGCGACUGGCAGCAACAGCACAAUUGUGGGCAGUGAGCUGGAGAUCGUGAAAACGAACCACGAAUUGCUGCACCAGAUGCUGCAUGAGACGCCCCGUUGGACGGAACCACCGGAAAGGUUUACCGGUAUUAACAUUACCACGCUGUACGUGCAAGAGUUUACCUACGAUCAAAUGACCGACAUUGUGGGAUUGUCCGGAAUGCUGCGCAUGCGAUGGUACGAUCCUCGGUAUCGCUGGAACGCUUCGGAGUACGGUGAGAUUGAGCUCAUUGAGGAGGUUUGCGAUGUACUCUGGAUGCCGUACCUCGAGGCGAGUCUGUUCUCGGGUAGCUUCAGCACCUGUUACGUGCACAGUGAUGGCCUGCUGGUGGUCGACAUUGACGAGUUCACCUGGUACAACUACUGCUCGCAAACGGAUAACUAUCGCUGGCCAUACGACAGUAACCUUUGCAACGUGAUGCUGUAUGCCGUGGCAUACAAUCGAAUCGUUCCAAUACGGUUGAACAGUACCGCAUUGAUGUACGAGAUCGCAUUUGAACAAUCGGAAUGGUCAUUAACCGGUGUGGCCGUGCACGAAACCCGCCAAAGCAACACACCAUACGGGCUACUUCCGGCGCUCGAGCUGCACAUGCAAAUGACCCGAAAAAGUGAUAUACAUUUGGCCGCGAUCUAUCCUUCAUACUUUGUGGCCAAUUUGUUGAUUUCGCUUUCAUUCAUCGUGCACGGCGGCCGGACACGGUUGCUGCUCAAUACGCUCGGGCUGAUCAUUCUACUGAAAUCGUUCCUCAGCCUGUCCAUCAUCGUACCACGCUCGGGAGUGCCGAAAAUAUACAUCUACUUCCAACUGACACUGUUGUUCUAUGCAAUCUCGCUGAUUCUCCACGUGGUCGAUCUCUGGUUGAAGCGAACACGUGCAACGAUCGCUCCAACUUCCUGGCUUAAUCGGGCCAUUAACUUUCCCGCCCUUCGCUACAUACUGGCCAUGGAUCAACGUAGUAACUACAACACACUGGAGCAUAAGAAUGUGCUGUGGGACGAAGUAACGCAGGUGCUGGGCAGGAUUAUGAUGGUGGCGGAGCUGAUUGUUCUCUGCAUCGGGUUUAGCAGUCCCUAGGCUUCGAACAGCGUUAUAGUGUAGCCGUAAGGACGCAAGAUCGCCUUUUGAGGUCAUACUAAUUAAUUACUAAGCGAGGCUGAGGCCUUCGAAAUGAUUGAAUGAUCAGCCCGAGACCGAGGCAUCUUGCCGCAAGCUGCUCACUGCAGCGAUCGUGAAUCGACAGAGUAGCCGAUCCAUUGAGCCGUGAAUCGUGUUUCUCCUUCGAACUCAUUAUUCGGUGUUCUGAUAGUUGAAGUUCACUCUAAGACAGAAAUAGCUUCUUUUUUUAUUAAAUCUUGUUUUAAGCUAAAUCUUUUCCUAUCGUUCGUUAAUACAUGUUUCCUAAAAUCAACUCUUAUA